GAAAUAACUCUCCCCGGUUUUGUCCCACUGAUGACGGGACGCGCGGGUGACGUCGAUGCUUAAAAAGACGCCCCGGCCCGUCCGCAGCCUGCGAAUGAAACUCUUUCCACUCCGCAAAACUUGUAAAUAUACUCUCGACGACGACCCCACCACAAGAGGAAAAGAACAACAAAAGAAAAAGAUUGCAAAGAUGGCCGCAGCCGCUCUCACAGAAGCCGAGUUGGCCACCCUUUCCUCCAAAGCCAUCGGCGCAAAGGACGUUGCAUAUUGCCCAUACUCUAAAUUUCGAGUCGGUGCCAGCCUUCUCGCGGAAGAUGGGACCUUUUUCGUCGGAGCCAACGUCGAAAACGCCAGCUAUCCUGUAGGGAUCUGCGCCGAAAAAUGUGUUUUUGGCACUGCCGUGACAGCGGGUCAUAGGUCAUUCAAAGCCGUCGCUGUGGCUUCCGAUAUCAUCCCUGGAACAUCACCAUGCGGAUCAUGUAGACAGUUUAUGCGCCAAUUUUGCCCCCCGUCAUUCCCAGUCUACAUGUACGGCAACGAUGGCAAAUACGUGAUGAAGACUAUGGGAGAACUUCUUCCAGAUUCAUUCGGCCCCGAAGAUUUGGAGAGAUGAUCCUGUCCAUUCUUUAGGUUUCGCUGACACUCAAAUGGGAUAACGCGUCGCAACCGGUCACCAAUCCACAAAUAGUGCACUGGGAACCUCUAAGAUAUUUCCAGUUUUAAGGAGAUAAUAUCUUCGUUGUACUGUACAUACAUACAUGAAGUUGAAAACCACUUAAUCUAGAAGCUGAAAAGCUGAUCAUUACAGUGCAUAUGACCUGCCAGCACUCAAAAUCCUAACCAAGACUCAGGGGAAAACAAA